CUGGUGUUGAGCGCGGCGACCCUAGGGUGGUAUGGAGGCGAAAGGGGGACCCACGCGGGCUUCUGGCGGCGGGUGCUGGGUGUCGGCGGAGGAGAUAGAGAAGUGGAUGGAAGCGGCGAUGCAAAUGGCCAAAGAAGCCCUAGAAAAUAUUGAAGUUCCUGUUGGCUGCCUUAUGGUCUACAACAGUGAAGUCGUGGGGAAGGGAAGAAAUGAAGUUAAUCAAACCAAAAAUGCUACUCGACAUGCAGAAAUGGUGGCCAUUGAUCAGGCCCUAGAUUGGUGUCAUCAAAAUGGCAAGAGUCCCUCUGAAGUGUUUGAAUGCACUGUGCUGUAUGUCACCGUGGAGCCAUGCAUCAUGUGCGCAGCCGCUCUCCGCCUGAUGAAAAUCCCGCUGGUUGUCUAUGGCUGUCAGAAUGAACGUUUUGGUGGUUGUGGCUCCGUUUUAGAUAUUGCCUCUGCUGAUUUACCAAAUACCGGAACACCGUUUCAGUGCAUUCGUGGGUAUCGGGCUGAGGAAGCUGUGGAAAUGUUAAGGAGCUUCUAUAAACAAGAAAAUCCAAAUGCACCAAAAUCGAAGGUUCGGAAAAAGGAAUGUCAGAAAAUCUGAACUUGUUCUCCUGAAGGACUAACGCCCCUGGACAACGUUCCUGGACUGCAAGCUGGUGACAUCAUCGAAUCAUAUGUUUUAUACUGUCCUUAACCCAUGGGAAAACGGUCUCUUAUUUUUUGCUCUAAAGGAACAAACUAGCACUUUAAAAAAAUCUGACAGUUGUAGCACCUAGGAAGACCAGGUGCUGUAGGGGUAAAAAAAUAAAAAUAAAAAAUAAGGGAUUGUAAACUGACAAGGUCCUUGCAAUCUGCGAGGUCAACCAAGGGUUGCCUCGCCUAAAAAACAAAUUAAAAUAAAAUAAAUUAAAUCUGACAAUUGUAAUCAACAAUUAGCUUUCCCACAAGCUGAAAGAACAUGUUAAGGGGGAAAAGUAAAGAUUGAGGUUUUAGAAAUUAGUCAGCAGUGCAUGCACUUCCUGCCAGAAUCAUUAUGCCUAGUCCAGGAGAGAGUUGACUCAGUGAGUGUGCAUCCAGACUCAGUUACCUGGCGUAUGUCUAGACUGGGCCAUGCCACGCUACGGACACCUGCUCUAGGCCUGGCGUUUCAGAAUCAUGUUCUUCAUUCUUUGCAGCCACUGUGUUCUCCCAUGGUGUUAGGACCCGUGAUGUCUUUGGAAAUUGUAUGUGAAUUGUAUACAUACAGACCAUGAUUAUAGGGUCCAUGGAACUGAUUUUUUGCUUUUAUAAAGCACUUGGAGAAAAGGCAUGUUUUAAAAAUAAAUGCUUAAGUGCCAUUUUUAAAUUAUAGCAUAUUGCUAUAAUAAAACCGUAGUUAUACCUUUUUUGAAGAUGAAUGGUCUUAAAAAUAAAAGAUAAAAGUAUAAAUAGGACAAUUCCUUCUUUAUUAUGGAGCAUUCAUUCAAUCAGUGAACAAAACAAAGAAUCCUGCCCUCGUGGAGUUUGUAUUCUAGCAGGGGGAGACAGAUAAUUAACAAAACAGAUUAUAUAGCAUGUGGUAAGGAUUAUGGCAAAAAGAAAAAAGAACAGGGGAGGGAUGGGUGUGCCAUUGGUAGUGGGAGGCUGGUUGCACAAUUAAGUAGAAUGGUUAGUUUGAUCUGAAAUCAAAUACAUUUCUUUCCUUUUACGAAAAUCCAGAUAUAUAAUUUAAAAUCUAAACUUGUAAAAUGUGAACACAACCCUGGAAAGGUUAUGCACGGCAGGAGGUCCCAGAUGUUCAUCCAACCGAGUGCAGUAAGAGUUGGUGCUAAAGAAAGUGUGCUUGGCAGAGCCCCGCUGCAGUGCACCCUGUCUGGCCAGAAGGGGGCCUCGCCGUUCCACCGGAAGCCCAGCUACGGGCCCUGGACGGCAGCAACUCCGUUGCAUUUCAUUUCUUCAGUGAACUCAUUUCCUUGAUGCAAAGCAUCUGUAUUUGUUGGUUCUGCCAUUUGAGCGAUGUCUCUGACUUGUUUGUUUUGAAUUACAUUACAGGCUGGAAUGUAAUUGUGGUGAAAGUAUUUUUAUGUUGCUGAGAGUAGCAGCUAAUCACAGUUACAUGCUUCAGAGGAUUUAUAAUUGCUUGGUUUUGUGCGUGCAUGUUUUUAACUGCAUUUGAGAAGUUAUAUGGAGAAGAAUAUGUGUGAUUUUAAAUCUAUAAUAAUGUUUCAUGUAACUUCUCUUCAAUUUCACCUGCUUUUAAAAUUAUCCUCUCAUUAAAUUUUACUGCUUUGACUAGUUUAUCCGA